UAAAUAAGACAACAAAUGGAGACAAUACACAAAGUACUCGGCUUGGAGUGGAUGAACGGCACGAGUCUUUUAAUAUUUCUGUGUGUUUUUCUGUUGUUGACUGAUGUUUUGAAGAACAGAGUGCCGACCAACUUUCCUCCUGGACCCUGGGCUCUUCCUUUGAUUGGUGACCUUCAUCGCAUCCAACCCUCCAGACUUCACCUGCAGUUCACAGAGUUUGCAGAGGAAUAUGGAAACGUUUUCAGCCUUCGGCUCUUCGGUGGAAGGAUUGUGGUGAUUAAUGGCUACAAGCUUGUAAGAGAGGCCCUGGUCCACAAAGGAGAGGACUACAUAGAUCGCCCCAUCAUACCAUUAAUCGAAGCAUUAAAUGGGAAGAGAGGUCUGGUGAUAUCAAAUGGCAAUCCAUGGAAGCAGCAGAGGAGAUUUGCUCUUCACACACUCAGAAACUUUGGUGUGGGCAAGAAGAGCCUGGAGCCAUCCAUCCAGCAGGAGUGCCAAUAUCUCACUGAAGCUUUUGCCCUUCAGCAAGGCAAGCCUUUUGAUGCCCACGCACUGAUUACCAGUGCUGUGUCCAACAUCAUCUGCUGCCUGGUGUUUGGUGAUCGCUUUGAAUACACUGACAAGCAGUACCAGGGUAUUCUUCAGAAGUUCAAUGAAGUAGUGUACUUACAGGGAAGUUUGUGGGCACAGGUUUAUAACACAUAUCCCUGGCUGAUGAAGUGGGUGCCCGGACCUCACCAGAGGAUAUUCUCUCUAACACAAAACUUAAAUGACUUUGUAGAGAUCAGGAUUAAAGAACACAGAGAAAGCCUUGACCCGUCCUCACCGAGAGACUACAUCGACUGCUUCCUCGCAGAGAUGGGAGAGAAGGAGGACACAGAUUCUGGUUUUGAUUUAAAAAAUUUGACUGCAUGUACUCUGGACCUGUUUGGUGCUGGAACUGAAACUACUACCACAACUUUACACUGGGGACUGCUAUUCAUGAUGUACUACCCUGACAUACAAGAGAGAGUCCAGGCUGAGAUAGAAUCUGUCGUUGGUUCAUCCAGACUGCCCUCUGUGACUGACAGAGAAAACAUGCCCUAUACUGAUGCAGUCAUCCAUGAAAUCCAGAGAAUGGGCAACAUCAUCCCCCUCAAUGUGGUCCACAUGACAAACAAGGACACCAUGCUUGACAAGUACACAAUCCCAAAGGGCACCACUAUCAUGCCCACGCUGAACUCAGUUCUACAUGAUGAGUCGAUGUGGGAAACUCCACACACCUUCAACCCUCAACAUUUUCUGGACCAGGACGGCAAAUUUAGGAAGAGAGAGGCCUUCCUUCCUUUUUCAGCAGGUAAGCGUGUGUGUCUUGGGGAGCAGCUGGCCAGGAUGGAGUUAUUCCUCUUCUUUACCUCCCUCCUUCAGAGGUUUUCUUUCUCGGCAUGCGCUGGAGAGCAGCCCAGUCUGGAGUUCAAGUUGGGAGCCACUCGCUGUCCUAAACCUUACCGCGUCUGUGCCGUACGACGAUAAACCACCAACUGAACCAUCUGUUUCACAACACAAUGAAUCACAGCGUUCCACUACAGUUAUUUCACCAGCAAGGACCACACAAUCAAAAGAUACGAUUAAAUGAUUUAUUGAUGAUCAAAACAGAAAGAUAUACGAGGCUUGCAGUUGCUGAAUAUUCGACAUUCAAAGCGUCGUGGGGAAGCUGCCAUAGGCGAAAUCGAUGGGAGAGCAAAGAAGAGGAGAUGGGUCUUGUAUUUAUGGAAAUGCCGGGAAUGCCGUGAUUGAUGUGUGGUCCCGCUCCUGAAACUCUUCUAAUUAGCUCCACCUUGUAAUACAUCAAGAAUAUCUGCUAUGAUGUUCUUUUACUACAGUGUGAGUAAAACAUAAUUUGGAAAAUAAUUUUCUUCUUCUCAGUCAAUAGGCCUUUUCAAUAAACCUUUUUUAUCAUA